CAAUCGGUGGCUCAGCAAAUUGGUUGGGACUUUUCUUGCUAUGCAUGAUUCUUUUAGACCAUCGGCACACCUGACAAUGUCGCACACGGGAACUUUACAUAAAGCAACACACCUAGAGAAUUAGAAGCCAGGGUGCUACCUUACACGACGAAAAUAAUUCCGUAAAAUUUAAAAAUGAAUUUAGAAAAACACGUCCAUAUGUUUAAGUACUUUAUUUAUUUUUUAGAUUCAGGUGUAUGUGCGCUUUGCAUAACGGAAUAAAAGUUUUUUUUUCUUCAAUUUUUAACAUUAGAAAUGGACGGUUUUGGUGACUUUGGGUCCAGCGGUAUGGUGCAGCGCAGCAUCUUGCACCACGAAAUACGGUGCGUACAUAUCCGUUUCAUGCCCACAUGCUAGACAGCAUGUCUGUGGCAUGUUGUGAAUGGCUACACGUCUUUGGUCGCAGAGUAGCUCAUCUAAAAGUUUUCUACAUGGAGUUUUAAAAUGACCAGUCCUAAUCCGAUGAACGAGAGCUAUGGUGGGAUCUACACGAGGAACGCCGUUAAUCUCUCUUUCUUGGACCAACUUUUCGCGAACAUCAGCAACACGACCUGCACCAACCUUGCACUUCAUACUGAGUUCAUCGCCGUCGGAGUCUUCCUCUCCGUCUUUAUUUUGAUUGCCAUCGUGGGGAACAUUCUGGUCAUAUUGUCCGUGGUCUGCAACAGGCAUUUGCAGACCGUGACCAACUUCUUUAUUGUAAACCUGGCCAUAGCCGAUCUGCUUCUGAGCACAAUCGUACUGCCGUUUUCGGCGUCUUUAGAAGUGCUUGGCUGUUGGGUAUUCGGUAGGGUGUUUUGCAACAUCUGGGCAGCUGUGGACGUGCUUUGCUGCACCGCCUCAAUCAUGAGCCUCUGCAUCAUCUCCAUAGACAGGUACAUCGGAGUGAAGUACUGUUUAAAGUAUCCCACCAUCAUGACGGAGAAAAGAGCCGGGGUCAUUCUAGUGGUGGUCUGGCUAUCCUCCAUGGUGAUCUCAAUCGGGCCACUUCUAGGGUGGAAAGAACCGCCGCCUCUGGACGACAGCAUCUGCAGCAUCACCGAGGAGCCUGGCUACGCUCUCUUCUCCUCGCUGUUUUCAUUCUACCUCCCGCUCAUGGUCAUCCUGGUGAUGUAUUUCAGGGUGUACGUGGUGGCCAGGAGGACUACCAAGAAUCUCGAAGCGGGGGUCAAGCGGGAGGGAAACAAGUCAAUGGAAGUGGUGCUGCGUAUCCACUGCCGGAGCGUCCUGGAGGAGUCGGCGGCGAGCGCGAAGAGCAAGAACCACCCGUUUCGGAGCUCUCUCUCGGUGCGCCUGAUGAAAUUCUCCCGAGAAAAAAAGGCUGCCAAGACGCUGGCCAUCGUGGUCGGAGUGUUCAUCCUCUGCUGGUUACCCUUCUUCUUCGUUUUGCCUCUGGGAUCUUUCUUCCCAGCCCUGAAACCCUCCGAGAUGGUCUUCAAGGUGAUCUUCUGGCUAGGUUACUUCAACAGCUGCAUCAACCCUAUAAUCUAUCCGUGCUCCAGCAAGGAGUUCCAGAGGGCCUUCACACGCCUCCUCCGCUGCCAGUGCCACCGGCGGAAGAGGGUCCUAAGGAGGUUCUACGACCAGCGGUGGCGCACGGCCGUGAGGGGUUCGGGGCCAAGCCCGGGUCAGGGGUCCGGGCGGGACGGCUGCGGGGACUACAGGACUGCUUUCUCGCUCCAUGGCUCCUGCAGCGGUUCGCUCCUGUGCAAGGGCGGGACCUUCCGCCUGAAGGCCUGGAACCUCUUCCCUCCACUGCAGAAGUCCUCCUUCCAGCUCAAAGAAAAAAUGAACAGGCUCUCCAACCGGAUCAGGAAUGGCCCGGGCAAGGGAGCCACGCCCGGUUUGGGCAGGGCGGAGAUCGACACCGUCUCCAUGGCGAUAUAUAACGACUGCUCAGAACAGUGCACCUACCAGAUGUACGAGCUGGGCGAGUGCUACAGCCUCAAGGAGACGGACAUCUAGAAUGAUCCAGACCGCUGCCUCGUGAAUGAUGAGCCGAGAGACGAGGGGACGCACACAGGCAAACGCACAGAUGCACUGUACACAAAGCCUUUCCCAGAACAUUUCACCAUGUUUAGAGAUUCUUAAGUAUAAUGUUGUACAUCUUUAUUUGCGAUCGACCCGAUUCUGUUGAAAGUGGACGAACUGCAGUUUGUAGACUCUUCCUCUUCAUGGUAUGUAGACCAUCUGCAGUGUCCCAUACAGGAUCAAUGGUCCUGCAUCUACUCUCUCUGCCAGUGUACAUUUCCCGCCUUGGUUUCUAACAAACGUGUACUCAGAGAAUGUCUUUUCGAUCAAUCAAAAAAAAACAAAAAAACAUUGUUAAUAAAUAUCAAACGGGUUGUGAAAUUGUAAGUACAGGUGCUGGAUAUUUUUAAGGCAACUUUGCUAUAGUUCAGACACAACAGGUCUGUUUAAUCCAUAUUUCUGUGAAGCAGCUCAGUCGGAGUAAUUUCCUUUUUAACUGUUGGAUUUUACCGAAAUCAGAUACUACCUAGAAGAAUGAGGAGAUAAGAACCCGGCAGCUCCCUGCCUGCUUAGGCAUUUGGCAAAGUCACUUGUAUGACAAUCGAAAAUGGGCUUUACAAAAAAAAAUUAAAAAAUCAAUUUCACUUUUUCCUGCUGCCCAUUAGACUUGGCUUUGACUUUAUGGCUCAUGGUAUUUUGCUGAGUUUUCAGUCUUUACCUCUGGGAUUCUUAUCUACUUAAAGAAAAGCUGAAUCUAUCGAUUGGGAGACAGUGCGUCAGUGUAAUAGUAUUGAGAGAACUGCUGUGUGAGCCCCAGCGAUCCCUCUUCUGCCAGACGCACUGGAGGAAGCAUACUGCAUUACCUCCCCUCCCCAGCAGAUGGCAGUGUUAUGUUUGUCGUUUUUUUUCUUUUUUUUUUUCUUCUCUGAUUCCAAAAACAAAUGUGUAGUACACCCCUCCGCCCCCCCUUCCUGACUUUUCAAAGCCCCUUGCUUCGCUCAUACCCUCUGGGAGCCUCGCAGGCUGGUGAAUAUGCUAGCUAAAUAAAACAUCAAAGGAA